CAAGUAGAGCAGGCUGGUCUGUGGGAGCUCGUGUCAGUUGAAGGCAGUGAGUCGUGAAGUGAGGAGCUGCUGAGGAGGACGGAGUGAAGACGAAUACGAGCCAUGGCUGUGAACAGAUGCAUCAAAUACCUUCUCUUCUUCUUCAACCUUCUGUUCUGGAUCAGUGGGUGCAUCAUCCUGGGCGUCUCCAUCUACCUGAAAGUGCACAAGGAUGGAAACGAGAUCACAAAUGAGUCUCUUCCGGGCGUCGACCUGAUGAUCGCCAUCGGGGUCAUCAUCAUGGUGCUGGGCUUCCUGGGCUGCUGUGGAGCCAUCAAAGAGAACCGCUGCAUGCUGCUGCUGUUCUUCAUCAGCCUCCUCAUCAUCUUCAUUCUCCUGCUGGCGGCGGGCAUUGUGGCAGCCGUGAAUGAAAAAAAGGUGAAGGACUGGAUGAAGGAGCGUCUGGAAAAGUUCCUCCCACUGUCAAGCCAACCGCAGAGCGUGAGGGAAGACCUGGAGGCACUGCAGGCGGAGCUGCAGUGUUGUGGUCUCGUAAAUGGACCGUCGGACUGGGACAAGGUUCCUGACUCCUGCCUCUGCAACACCACCGUAGCAGCCUGCACCCCCGGCACCCACUACAGCACGCCCUGCUCCACCCAAAUCAUCAAGCUGAUGGAGAAACACAUGGAGGUGGUGCUGGGUAUCGCCUUUGCCAUCGCCAUCCUGCUGAUUUUCGGCAUGGUCUUUGCUAUGAUCCUCUACUGUCAGAUCGGCAGGAAGGAGGGUGUCACCCCUGCCACCACCGCCUGAACACGCACUUGUGAUCACACCCCCUCACUGCCUGGCAACGGCCAAUCAGCAGUGCCCACAUGACCCAUGUAACCUCAGUGCUACUGUAACCUAUGCUUUUACUGUGGAGGAACACACUGAUAUUUUGGUUGAAAUUAAAUGUCAUUAAUACAGAUAAUACACGGCCUGAUGUCUGAGUACUGACAAUAAACUAUAUACAUAUUUUAGGUAAACAUGAGAAUUUCUGCAUGUGAAAAAUUAACAAAUUAGUGUAUUUUUAAUUAACUAAAUGAAUAAAAUUGUUUUUCAACAAGUGGAUUUCCCACUUGUGUACAUUGUAUGGACGUGUGUUUAUGCUGUGGACAGUUCACACUGUGGCCUCAAGGAACAAAAUUUAGGAAAAUGACUGUGUUGUCUGGGGCUUAAUAUGUAUGGGCCUCCAUUACUGUAAAAAAAAAAAAAAAAGUUAAGUUAUGUGAAAGGUGCCUAAACGUAUAAUGAAGUACAAAAUCAUAGUUGUCUUGGUAUUUCUGCAUUAUUAGGCAUUAUUUUUUGUUAGAUGCAGAAAUGGGCUUCCACUUUUUUUCUUUGUCCAAACACUGCUGCAGCUGUCUGUCAUGUCUGUCGCCAUUUUUGGAAAAUGUUAUAAGGUAAUCCUCAGGAAGUUAAAGUUAUGGUGUGUGCAUGUUCGUUCUAACAUAACUCCGUAAACCUUUCAGAAAUACAAGAUACAGUAAUAGAAUGACAUAGCCAUGAGAAAGCAUUACACCUUGAAUUUAAUGUUACACCACAUUGUUAUAUUACUUCAAUCAAUCAAUCAAUCAAUUUUAUUUAUAAAGCCCAAUAUCACAAAUCACAAUUUGCCUCACAGGGCUUUACAGCAUACGACAUCCCUCUGUCCUUAUGACCCUCGCAGCGGAUAAGGAAAAACUCCCCAAAAAAAACCCUUUAACGGGGAAAAAAAACGGCAGAAACCUCAGGAAGAGCAACUGAGGAGGGAUCCCUCUUCCAGGACGGACAGACGUGAAAUAGUACUUAUCAACUUUUAAUUGUUUUAUUAAAGUGUAUAGGUGAUCUAAUCUUUUGGAGCAAAAUUUCUUUGUCUUUGCACUCUGAAUGUUGUUUCUGUUGCAUUUUUUACGUACACUGGUUGAAAACUGUAAGGAUCAUUUUUUUGUCACCAAACUAGUUUGGGGACAUCAAGUGUCACAUGAUCGAGGAAGGGAAAUAAAAACUGAGAGAAACAAAAUCAAA